GGUGAGGUUUGGAACCACUAACCCGGUUGUACACUUAUCACCAUGGUGGACCUGCGUAGUGGGAAGAGCACUAGCCCAUAUACCGCUGAGCAGCAAGAAAAGAUGGUCGCCGUAGCCAAAGAGAAUAGGGAGAGGAAAGAGCGUGAGAAGCAGGCGAAGCUAAAGGCUGUCGCAGACGAGCGGGCGGCGAAGCUAAAGGAAGUGGAGGAGGAGAUGAAGAAGAAGGAGAAGGUUGUUGAAGAAGAAGCGGCAGCAGAAGAGGCAAAAGAAAUGAUGAGGAUUGAAAGCGGAGAAGGAAGUAGUGGCACGAAGGAGGACACCGACGCGGAGAUUGAAAAGAAGAUCAGCGAGUGGGUUGCUAACUUAUCGUUGGGGGAAGACGAAGAGGCGAAGUCAUACGUGACUGAGGAUGAGAACGCCGCAUUGGUCGCUGAGCUAGCAACCAUGAAGGAUCCUAUGGAGCGAAGAGAGUGGGAAGACGAGCAAAAGUUGCAGUGGAAGCUGAGGAUGAAGAGGGAGAAGAGGAGGAGGAGAGAAGAGGUGAACAAGAUGACCGCAACAGUGGCAAAAGCGCAGGAGUGUAGAGCGGAGGUAUUGGCCCAGCCAGAUGAUAAGGCCAAAUGGGACAAAGUAUUGGGCUACCUAGAGGUGUUGAGUAAGGCCUGAAUGGAGGAGCGCCAGGCUAGUUGGAGUCAGGAUGUAGCAUUGAGUGCCAUCCGGUCAGGAUUUAGGGAGUUUGCGCGCGAGAUCGUCACCCACAUUGGGGGCGAAGUGAAACAGUUGAGGGACAACGUAGGGAAGUAUUGCGAAGGCGCCAUUGAGGGUGCCAAAGCCAUAGCUGCUGCAUAGGGCGAAGGUAGACCCCGCAAAGAGCCUGUAAAGCUC